GCCCCGCAGGCUCUGGCAGGUCCCCGCUGUCCCUCCCCGCACACACACGCUCAGCCCGGCCCGGAAAGCAGGAAAAAAAAAUUUACAAGGUUUCCCCCUUUCCCUGACCUCCUCGCCCGUGACUCCCGAGUGGAAAAAAAAAUCGGGGGCGAAGGGGGGAGGUUGUUAAAAGCCGGUGAAGGGGCAGAGCCGCUCCGUGGGGAGCGCAGCCCGGGCAGCCCCGCCGCCCCGGGGAGGGGGGCAUGAGGUAGAGGCCGGCGGCGGAGCGCCCGCGGGGCGCCGUGGCCGCGGAGGGCAUGAGGCGGCGAGCGGCGCGGAUGGGCUCCAGCGCGCGGUGUUAGAGCCCGCAGCAGCCGAGGUCUGAGAGGACAGUAGCCUGUGCGAUACGGCGGGAUCUGGUUUUCAAAAUGGAAUUGCAGCUGGCGCUCCUUUUGGCAGGGAUAAUUGCGUUUUCGGACUCAGCGCGAGGCCCCCCCAGGAUCGCUGACAAAGUGAUUCACCGCCAGUCCGUGAGGCUGGGCAGGACCAUCAAGCUGCUGUGCCCGGUGGAGGGCGACCCGCCGCCCCUCACCAUGUGGAUGAAGGACGGGCGGACCAUCCACAGCGGCUGGACGAGGUUCCGCAUCCUCCAGCAAGGCCUGAAGAUCAAGGAGGUGGAGAGCGAGGACGCGGGCACCUACAUCUGCAAGGCCACCAACGGCUUCGGCAGCGCCAACGUCAACUACACGCUCAUCGUCAUCGAUGAUGCCAGCUCAGGAAAGGACAGCCAGGUGCCCGAAGGCUCCAAUGGAGAAUAUGAAGACCAUUCUGGGAAGCAGUGGGCCCGGCCCAGGUUCACGCAGCCCGCCAAGAUGCGGCGCAGGGUGAUCGCCCGCCCCGUCGGCAGCUCCAUCCGCCUCAAGUGCGUGGCCAGCGGCAACCCCAGGCCCGACAUCACCUGGCUGAAGGACAACAAGCCCCUCACUGCCCAGGAGAUUGGGGAGAACAAGAAGAAGAAGUGGACGUUGAACCUGAAGAACCUGAAGCCGGAGGACAGCGGGAAGUACACCUGCAGGGUGUUUAACAAAGUCGGGGAAAUCAACGCGACGUACAAAGUCGAAGUGAUCCAGAGGACGAGGUCCAAGCCCAUCCUGACGGGGACCCACCCCGUGAACACCACGGUGGACUACGGCGGCACCACGUCCUUCCAGUGCAAGGUGCGCAGCGACGUCAAGCCCGUCAUCCAGUGGCUGAAGCGGGUGGAGUACGGCACGGAGAGCAAGUACAACUCCACCAUCGACGUCGGGGGGCAGAAAUUCGUCGUGCUGCCCACGGGCGAGGUCUGGUCCCGCCCCGACGGCUCCUACCUGAACAAACUGAUGAUCACUCGAGCCAAGGAGGAGGAUGCGGGGAUGUACAUCUGCCUCGGGGCAAACACCAUGGGCUACAGCUUCCGGAGUGCUUUUCUCACUGUCCUGCCUGAUCCCAAGCCUCCCAGCGCACCCGUGCCGCCCUCCUCAGCCAGCAGCCUGCCCUGGCCCGUCAUCAUCGGCAUCCCGGCCGGGGCCGUGUUCAUCCUGGGCACCGUGCUGCUGUGGCUGUGCCAGUCCAAGAAGAAGCCGUGCUCCCCGCCUGGCCCGGCCGCGCCCGCGCCCCGCCCGGCGCCCCGCGCCCCGCCCGGCCUGGCCCCGCUCCCCGACAAGGACUGCAUCUCCUCCAUCAACUACGACGAGUACGUGGCCCAGCAGCAGCACCUGCUGUCCCAGGCGCCCGGCCUGGCGCCGGCCAUGGCCCCCAAAAUGUACCCAAAGAUUUACACGGACAUCCACACCCACACGCACUCGCACGUGGAGGGCAAGGUGCACCAGCACCAGCACAUCCAGUACCAGUGCUGAGGGCUGGCCCCGCGGCUCCUCUGGGCUUUUCUCCCUCGUGGUACCUCAGCAGAGACUGCUCCAAGCCAGCUCAGCACUGCCAGCAACAGGCAAAGCAGACAGAAAAGGUUAUAUAUGUAAUUUUAAAUAUAUAUAUAUACAUAUAUAUAUAAUUGUAUAUGCGUGUGUGUAUGUGUGUAUAUAUAUAUGUGUAUAUAUCUAUAUCUAUCUAUAUAAAUAUAUAUAUAAUAGAGAAAGACACAGAGAGAAAAGAGAUUUUUUUUUUUUUAAUUAUUGCAAUCAGGAUGUAGCCGAGGAAUAAUGAAGGAACUCCAAUUCACAGCAGAGAAGCAGCCGUCUCCAGCAGCAGAGCCUUCCUGGAUAUUUUAAUCAGAGUGGCAACAAGUGAGAUGGGACACAGGGAUGUGAACCGACACACCUUCCUUGUGUCCCUGAAGGGAGCAGGUAGAGCCAGAGGUGUGUGUGGCAUUUCCUGGCUGGGCCUGGAUUCCUCCCUGGGCAUUGUUCUGGUGGGGAGCCCCCAGACCUCUCCUGCCCUCAGUGACUCCAGCUCCGACACACCUGAGGCUCAGUGCCAAAGCACCAGGAGACAUAACCCGUUCAUCUCUCCCAGGGAAAGGAAAUAACACAAGAGGGUCUGAAAAAACCAAUUUCUGCUCACAAGGUGAAAUGCCACGUGCUUCUCAGUCGUGGUCAGCACAAUCAGCUAACCAAGCUGGUUGGUUCACUUUCUGCAAGGUGAAGGCAUCUUGUUUCCCAUGGGAUGUUCUGCAGAUCAGCUCUGCUCCCCUGGUCCUAGGACUCAGUGCCACUGCCAGGAAAAAGGAAAGAAGGAAAAAGGAACUUUGUACAGAACACCUUUAUAUUUAUAUUUAAGAAAUAAUAAUAAUUAAUAAUAAUAAUUGAACUGCUGAUGGUGAAGAAAGCAAAACACACUGUCCUUCUGUGAUGGCUUAGAGUGACAAGCUACUGGAUUUUCUGCGUCAAUGCAAAAUACGUGAGAGCAUUAGAAAAAAUAGUAAGAAGCAAAGAGAGUGAAAUAAUCUUGUAGGAAAAAAUUGCAUUUGAGAAAUAUCCACCUAGGUUGUGUGUGGUUGUCCCCUCCCCUCAGAUAUCACUUUGUAAGUGAUAAAGCAUUGCAGUUCAAACAACAGGAAAAACAGAAAGAAGAGAAAAUAAAAAAGGACCAUAAUAAAUACCUAUAUGGACUGGGAAUGAAUCCAAUGGCAAAAUAUAAAACCUUUGUAAUUCUAUAUAGAGUUUAAACAGAAGUCAUGUAUAUUUAAUUUAUUUUGUUAAACAAGAAAAAAAAAUGUAUGAUAUUUUCCUCGAAACAGGCAUUUCUAUAUGUAUUUUUGAUCAAAGAAAAUAAAGAUUUUUUUUUUUCAGGUUCUGUAGAUGCCAUGCUCAGAACACACUUGAUGUAGCUUGUGACCAACUGUGCUACUCCUGACCUGGAGGCCACCUGUCUCUGUGCCUUUUCACACCAGCCAGGUGCCAUCUGCUGUCCCCUCAGGUGCUGCUGGUGCCAUCCCGUCCAUCAGAAAAUGACCUUUCCCACUGGCUGUGUCCUGGCUGGGGGCUCUGCAGUGCCCAGAUCACUCCUCAUGGACCCCAGCCAUCUUCAGCAGCACAGUUCUUCUCUCACAGGGAAAUCUCUUUCGCUGUGCAUUUCUGGGGGGUGUGGGGAGGAUGAUUAAUUUGUUUUUUAAGCCCAGGCCUGCAGCGGUUUGUUGGUUUGGGUUUUUUUAAAGAAAAUUUUGUAAAUCAAAGCAUAAUAAUUUGUGAGGCUGUAAAAGGAACUUUGGCCUCAGGGUGCUUGGAAGGGGAAAUCAUGAAAUGUGGGUGAAACACUUGAUUUGUAGCUGCAGCUGCUUUAGGAGCCAGUGGAG